AUGUCGGAAAAGUCAAAUCACGACCAGCAAGGAGCAGGCCUGACCUCACUGGUUGAGAGCGCACAGGCAUCCCAUGAGUCGAUCAACGCGAAACCGCCACCGCCAGCAGACCGGGGAAAGGAUGCUUACCUCUUUCUCGCUUCAUGUUGCGUGUUAGAGGCAGUAGUUUGGGGACUUCCGUUUACUUAUGGCGUUUUCAACGACUACUACAGCACCCAUGGGCCAUUUGAUGGCUCUGGCAACCUCGCCAUUGUCGGGACAUGCUCCUUGGGCAUGCUAUAUCUCGACCUCCCUCUGGUGUUCGCCCUUGUGCAGGCCUACAAGCAACAUAUUCGCAGCUUCUGCGCCCUCGGAAUCAUUAUCAUGGGGCUCGCGCUAGCCAUCAGUUCGUUCGCAACCACAGUUACGCAUCUUAUCCUCACCCAGGGCAUUCUCUACGGACUCGGUGGCAGCCUGUCCUAUUCCACGUGUCUCAUCCUGCUGUCGGACUGGUAUGACAAGCGCAAAGGCAUUGCCUUCGGCAUCAUGCUCGGCGGAACCGGUCUUGGGGGCACCAUUCUCCCAAUCGUGACAGAGAGACUGCUUCAGUCAUUCGAUUUCCGGACAACCCUGAGGGCGCUGGCGGUGGCCGUCGUAGUGCUGUCUGGCGCCUUCGUCUAUUACAUGAAGCCACGCGUCGAGCCGGACCGCCGAAGAUCGCUACGCAGCCAGGUUGGAAUGCGUUUCAUGAAGACAGGUGCGUUUGCUGCUUUGCAGCUGGCCAACACAGUACAAGGCUUGGGCUUCUUCCUACCGACCCUAUACCUGCCAAUGUAUGCCAGAUCGAUCGGAGCGUCGCAGAGCGUGGGUGCACUCACAGUGGUGGUGUACAACAUUGCAUCCGUCAUCGGUUGCAUCUUGAUGGGUUUCAUCAUUGACCGUUGGCAUGUGACGACAUGCUGUCUGGCAUGCGCGGUCGGUUCCAGCUUCAGCAUCUUCCUGCUCUGGGGUUUCUCUGGCUCAGUUGCGCCUCUGUUCGUCUUUGCCGUUAUCUACGGCAUCUUUGCGGGUGCCUGGGUGGCUACCUGGUCCGGCAUGGUCAAGGCUGUGCAACGGUCCGAGACUACAGCAGACGCCAGCACCGUGUUGGCCUGGAUUUCGACCGGUCGCGGCAUCGGCAACGUUGUCUCGGGCCCUCUAAGUGAGGCCUUGUUGCGCGUGGACCAUUGGAAAGGGACUUUGGCGUAUGGGUAUGGCAGUGGAUACGGUAUCCUCAUCGUGUUUACGGGCAUUACGGCUGCAUUGAGCGGGAGUUGUGUGCUGGGACGCAAACUGGGGUAUUUCAAGUGA